AUGUUCCGGUCCGACCCUGUGGAGCGUGGAACGGGUCAUUACGAGUGUAUCGUAUCAGUGAAUUGUCGGCGGUCAUCACAAGCCCCAAAACCGGUUGGCGGCUUGCAAGGCCCAGGCAAUCGCUCUUUACCGCCGAGAGCGAUCACUUGUCGCUGUCGCGUUGCGGGUCUCUUUUCUUGGACAAACUGGGAGGCACAUGGCGUAGACGCCUAUGACGCCACCAUCUCGAGUUGCUCCUUCAUUAAGACCACAGCUACUUCGGUUGGCACCACUGCGUAG